AUGGCCCCCAAGACCCCUCAGGCCAACUCGAAGCUGCCAAAGCCGCCUACUGCUGGUGGACCUGUCAACCUGACUGGUAUCCCCGCCCCAGCAAGCGUGCUCCAGCGACGAUCCUUCAUGACCACCCCAGCCUCGAGCUCCGUCUCCAAGACCUUCAAGGACAUGACCCCCGAACAACAAGCUCUUCUCGCCGAAGCCAUCUCUAUCCACAGCCCUGGUUUAAUCGAUCCUGCACGCAAGCCCACCACCACUCAAACCACAACAACACCGGCCUCGGGAUUCUCACCAACACUCACCGCACACAAUACCUCUGGACACACCUUAGGAUUCGGACACUUUUCCGCCACAACCGCACCCUCUUCCUCUGCCCUCGGCUUUGGUCACCCUCAACAACCUCCCAGUCCCGUCAACAGUGACCGCGCCUCGCCCACCGGCCACACUUCGCCAUUGACCCACAGGCCAUCACAGAUCACUCGACGACCCAGUAGCUCUCGUCUUGGCGUGGUCCCUGAAGCGUCCGCCACUGCCUCUCACAAUAAUAGCGCCCUUCCUUCGCAAGUCAACACUAUGACGACGACCGGUCAACAACAACUCUCUCGACCCGCCUCCUAUACUGGCCUAUCCUCCCCUCUUUCCACUUCCAAUCCUAACCUGCCAAUCAAUUCGUCUGCACCUUCGCCCACCUCAGGAGGAGCUCCUUCCGCCAAUCGUCUGACCUCCAGUUCUCCCUCGGGAUCCCGUCCCACCUUACCAACAUCGCGUCUUGCUACAGGAACAGGAAUUGCCCCCCCUGCGACUACAGGAGUUCGCACUAGCUUGAUGAAGCAACCAUUGUUCCAACGUCCCGCAGGUGCUGCAUUGCCUUCUGCUGUUCCUGCUGCUGCAGCUCCAAAGAACCCAUUGACAGGAAUUCCUGGCUCAUCUAUUGUUGCUCCUCCAUCGCUCGACGAUUAUGAGAUUGGCGAUCGUGUUAUUGUCGAGAGCAUGGCCUUGUCAGGAUACCUCCGUUUUGUCGGUCCUGCUGAGUUCAAGUCUGGUACCUGGGCUGGUAUUGAGCUGGACACACCCACGGGCAAAAACGAUGGCAGUGUUAACGGGGUCACCUAUUUCCAAUGUCGACCAAAGUGCGGUAUUUUUGUCCUGGCUGCAAAGAUCGUAAAGUCGGAGCUGCUCUUCCCAUCUUCACCAGACCUCGAUGCAGCUCGUCCCCCAUCUGCCCAGGAAACUCACCCAAUUACAGCACCAACACAGCCAACACAACAGUCAGUCCAGCCAGCAUCAGCCAGCCAUGCGGCUCAGGCAGCCUCCAGGAUCACUGCAGGAUCAAGGGCAUCAAAAUAUAUAGGCAUGACAGCGACUCAACUCAAGCAGCGCAAUGGGGCUCCCCAGUCAUCAAUCACCCGCCCUCUGUCAGCAAGUCAACCCAACCUUCCAAGUGCAUCAGUGAGGGCAGCCAGUCCUACCAUCCGUGCCCUUGGCGGAUCAUCAGGAUCGCCUACCACCUCUAGGACAAUGACCCCCGGACAAGCAGCGGCAGCAGCACGAGCCAACUCCCCUUCACCUGUCCCUAAACCAGCUCUUCGAUCCAACUCACCAACCACGCGCCCUGGCCCCGGCACCCGUUUGUCGCAGAAUGGAGCCAAGCCGUCAGUGAACACUCCCAUGGCGAAGCCAGGCGCUCACUCUCGUUCAACUUCAUCCACGUCCUCUGUCACGUCUCAAUCGAGUGCCGCUGGCUCGCGUGCUCGAACAUCCCCUACACCUCGCGCCAUGACUACCCCUCGGAGACUGUCCUCUCGUUCAGAAACGCCCGAUGCAACCAGUUUAUUGUCUCCAAGCGAAAGUCGAACCAACAUCCUCGAUCAUGCAACCUCUGGGCAAACGGUGGGAUCCCCUCAAAGCGGCGUCUCCCUCCAAUUGCAGCAGUUGCAGCUUGACUUUGAUACAGCCAUCGCUGAGAACAAUUUGUUGAAGUCCAAAGUGACCGAGACAAAGCAGCAGUUGGAGACGACCAAGCUCAUGGAGAAAAAAGACUUGUCGUAUGAUGAGCGCGCCUUCCUUAGCAAGAACUUGGAUAAGGAGGCCAUCGACGAACGCCUUGCUCAAGAACUGGAGGACCUGCACCUGUUAAAAGCGACAUGGGACAAGGAGAAGGCGGCCAAGGACCAGGAGCUGAAGGUCGUCACCGAGAAGAUGACACAGGCGUGGUUGGAAGCCGCACGGUCUCAGAAAGAACGAACAGCACUCAUUCAGGAAAAGACUACCUUGGCUGAGAAGCUGAAGGAGAUCCAGGAGAAUGGCGGCGGAGCCACACAAGCCGAAGUCAGUGCCUUGGGUGAGGAACAGGAGAUCCUGAUAGACUCCCUCAAAAAGAGUUUAGUCGAAGCCGAGGAGAAGACCAUGGUCUUGGAGAGUAAGCUGGAGGAUCUGACGGCAAGAGCCAACGAGGAGGAGGAGAAGCUGAACCAGGCCAACGCAGAGUCCCAGGCAGCCAUCGAAGCCAAGAAACAGGAGCUCCAGUCGGAGCGUGAUGCCCUGCAGUCUAAGCUGGUCGAGUUGGAGACCGAAACGCAGGCGUAUGCAGACAAGUCUGAGUUGACCUUGAAGGCCGCCUUGGAUGAGACUGAAGCCGCCAACGAGCAAUUGAGUGAGCUGCAGCGCCGUUUGGACGAGGAGGCAGAGUCUCGCCGCCUGGAGCAGUCAGAGGCGGACGCCAAGUACAAGGCGCUCGAAGAAGCUCUACAGGAAGCACUGGCACAACAUGCCAAGAGCGAGAAACUGGUCCGGAGCUACGAGGAAAAGUCGAAGGAGCUGUCGGUGGUCGUUACCAAGCGUGACCAAGAACUGGACGGACUCAAGUUGCAGCUUCAGGAUUUGGCGGGCAUGGUCCAGAGUGAGGAAGUCGACCGUAUGCGCAAGUUGUGGGAGCACGAGAAGAAGCGCCUGGAGGAAGCCGUGGCUGACAACAUUACAGUCAUGACGACACUCCGUGCGGAGAUCCUGGAACUGGAGUCGAACGAGGAGGAUCUCGCCACCAGGAUCAAGACUUUGGAGAAUUCUGAAACCACUCUGAAGAGCCUCAAGACUUCACUCGACGCUGAGGUGGAGCGUCUUCAAUCGUCCAUCAAGGCCGCCGAGAAUUCCUUUGCCCAGGAACGCUCGAUUUUGGAGGCCAAGAUUGCAGAGUCCGAGUCGACGCUGGAGAGCCGCCUGUCGGAGAACAAGGAGCGUAUGGAUGAAUUGGAGGCCAUCGCACUGACUGUGGAGGAAUCGAGUGAGCGUUGCGAGGCUCUGCAGCUUGAGACGAUCCAGAAGACUGCCAAGGUUGAGGAGAUCGGAUUCGAACUCUCCGAGGCCCAAAACGAGAGGGAUAUCAUUGCGCAAGAGAUGGAGGCCAUCAAAGCUGAGCUGAAGGCCAAGGACGAGGCGUCUAGCGUGAUUGCAGAUCAUGCCGCUCAGUUGGAGACAUCGAGGGCAGAAAUCGCUGCAUUGGAGGAGGAGCGCGAGCAACUUUUGGUCAAGGUCUCGGAGCUCGAGGCAGCCCUGGCCUUGUCGGCGUCAGCUCCAAGGGCAACGGCUUCAGGGGCAGAAGGAUCAGAGGCAGUUCUGAACAGGACCGAGCUCGAGGAGGAGAUUGCUGGCUUGAAGCAGAUGGUCCACGAGUUGACGGCCGAGAAUGCCUCAGUGGCGAGCGACAACAAGAAGUUGAUGCAGGAGCACGAUAUUUUAAUGGAAGCCCACAAGCAUGUCGAAACUGAGUGCCUCAAGUUGAUGGACGAGGUUGAGCGCCUUCACUCGGAGAGCUUGGCGGCAACAUCUUUGGGAGAGACCGACGGCGUCGACAAGGUCGAGCUGGAUGUCAUUCAGGCCGGUACCGAGUUCAAGACUACCAUCAUUGGCCAGAGCGAGCUGAAGGCAGCACUCAACAACGUGUCGCUCCUUACAAAGGACACAGCGAUUUUGAACCCUACCGAGAAGCCUGGACAGAACCAAUCGUCCUCUGUCAUCCGUCUCGAGAAUCUGCUGAAGGACAAGCAGGCCAUGCUGGAUCGACUGACUCAGGCACAUGCACUGGAGAUGCGGGAUCUUCGCCAACGUUAUGUUGAUCUGGACCGGUCGAAGGCAUGGGAGCUGAAUCAGCUGAACAAGGAACUCACUGAUCUGGAGUCGUUGAUCGAGAGCAAGAUCUUCCACGAGGCUGACUUGGAGGAGGAGGUUCAGCAGAAGCAGAAGCAGAUUGACCGUCUCCAGAGCGAGGUGGCGGACUUGAAGAGCCAGCUGUCUAAGCUUUCGAAUGGAACGCACGGAUCGUUGGCCGACCUCCCUCCCAAUGGCUUGUCAUCUGACCGCUACUCGUACUCUUCGACCUCGGGCCUGCCCAACGGACUUUCAAGGACAUCUGCAGGAGCAGAACGGACGAGGACUGUCACUAGCAGCACAGACCAAACGGCGCUUUUCUGUGAGAUUUGCGAGGUGGAAGGUCAUGACAUCAUCAGCUGUGCGGCGGUCUUUGGUGGCGGCAAGAGUGCUACAUCCAAAUCAACUGUACACGCAGCCCCCAUUUUUGAAGAAGACCUAGACGACGACAGGCCCUAUUGUGAGAACUGCGAAGCGUUUGGUCUGCAUUACACUGACGAGUGUCCCAACGAGUCUUUGACAUACUAA